AUGACAUCGCAUGAGUCGCAUGAGAAUGGCAAUAUUUCAUCCAUGCUUGAAACUGCCGGCAUGGCUUCAUCUGAGGCUAGCGCUAUAAGUCGCACAGAUCUCAAUAGCGAGCGUACGAAAGAAGACGCGGAACGCAAGCCAAACAGCGCUUCACCGACUACAUCUCCAGUACGCCAUGCAGAUCCCAAGCUAUCUGAAAAUUCGUUUAAACACACACUUUCUUACGUUGAGGAAGAUUUUCGUCGCAUGCUCUCGAUUCUGCCGAUACCUCUGCAUCAAGUUGUACCCAAAUUCGUCGUUAAAUUAGCAGCGCGUAUGCUGUUCCGCGCCCGUUUGUUAGCAACGGACUCGCUCUUUGAUUUUACUAUUGUGUUUCUCCGUUUGAUUGUGGUUAUAUUCUUCCGUGAGGUCCAGCCGCGCUCGUCAUGGCGUAUUCCUCGGGCGGGCCCCAUUAUCUUUGUUGUUGCGCCACACCACAACCAGUUCCUGGACCCGCUGAUCCUUGCUUCUGAAGUACGCAAUGCUGGUCGUCGUGUUUCUUUCUUAAUUGCACACAAAAGCACGAAGCGGCCAUUGAUUGGACGCUUCUCGCGGAUGCUCAAGUCAAUUCCUGUCCGCCGCGCAGCCGAUGAUGCCAAGGUUGGUAGCGGAACAGUGACUGCUCACCCAUCCGGUGAUGAGACACUGCUGUUGGGUAUCAACUCUGAAUUCACAAAGCAAGCGCAGGUUCGCGGCCACGUUGUGUUGCCAAAGUCGACAGACUACGCAAUGGCAGAAGUGGCCGAAAUCUUGAGCGACACAGAACUGCGUUUAAAAAAGCCAUUUCCUGGCGACGCAGCAUCCGAGGCAUUGCGGACCCAGGAUAACGAAGAUCCAUCGAAGGUCAUCGGCACGACGUACAAGCUGCAGCCGUACGUGAAUCAAGCCGAAAUGUACGCUAGUGUGUACCGCCAGCUGUCCGAUGGUGGCUGUCUGUGUAUUUUUCCUGAAGGAGGCAGCCACGACCGGACAGAUUUACUCCCGCUCAAAGCCGGUGUCGUUAUCAUGGCGCUGGGUGCGAUGGCCAAUGACCCCAACCUUAAUGUUCAUAUCGUGCCAGUUGGACUGAGCUACUUCCAUCCGCAUCGAUUCCGUUCGCGUGCUGUCAUAGAGUUUGGUAUGCCCAUCAACGUACCAAAAGACCUCGUUGAGCUCUUCGAACAUGGUGGCACAUCGAAGCGCCAAGCCAUCGCAUCUAUGCUCGACAUCGUUUUUGACGGAUUGAAGAGCGUCACUGUGCGAGCGCCAGACUAUGAAACGUUAAUGGUGAUUCAAGCAAGUCGGCGUCUUAUGUCCCUGCCAGGCCAGCAACUGAGUCUAAGUGACAAAGUGGAGCAGAACCGGAAGCUCAUUAUGGGCUACAUGCAGUUCAAGGACCACCCAAAGGUCGUCGCGCUGCGCGAAUCGGUGCUGACGUACAAUAAGCACUUGAAGCAGGUGGGCAUCCGUGACCACCAAGUGGAGCGUGCGAACCGGUCUGUCCUUCGAAGUCUUGCUUUGCUGCUGUAUCGAUUGGGUCUCCUUGUCGUAUGGAGUGGAUGCGCAUUGCCAGGCACAAUUUUGAACCUUCCCAUCAUCAUUUUUGCCAAGAUCGUUAGCAAGAAAAAGGCGAAAGAAGCCCUUGCGGCAUCGCAGGUCAAGCUGUUCGGUCGUGAUGUACUUGCAACUUGGAAGGUCAUUGUCACACUCGUUGUCGCACCUAUUUUGUAUGCGUCGUAUGCCGUGGUAGCCACGACACUUGCUUAUCGCUCGAACUCGUUGCGCUUGAUUCACAAACGUCUAAUGCCGCUGUACGUGAUGCUGGGCAUGCCGGCCAUCUCGGUCGGUGUGAUCAAAAUGAACGAGGUGGGCAUAGAUGUGUACAAGUCGCUGCCGCCUCUUAUUGCAUCUCUGUUGCCAGGCCGACGCCGAGUGAUUGAUCAAAUCCAGCAAGAGCGUAUCAAUCUUACGGCCCAACUUCACUCGACGAUCGCUGAGCUGCGACCUGAGGGCUGGAACUACACCGACAUUGCGCGUGGCUCGUACACGGCAAAAGCACCCCCGAUUCGCGAAGAGCUCGAGCAAAUGAUGUACGAUGGACGUCCACUAGACUCAACAGGCGGUCAUUCUCUUUCGCAUCCAAUGAAUGUGAUGGACGAGUGGCUCUUUGGCUGGUCUUCAUCGCGUCGGAAGGGUGACUGGGGUGGUCACCGUGCCGAGGUGGUUGAAAAUGAUCUUGGCGCUAACUAUGAAGACGCUCUGCAAGUAUAUGAACACGAAACUGAUGAAGCACACCGUCUAACAAGGGACAAUCGUGGCAAGGAAAAGCGCCGAACACGAUCGCAAGAUUACCGCGAAAGACGUCAAGCUGCACAACUCUCACCUAGCUCACGUAAAGACUCGUCAUAA